AACAACCAUUAAACUUUUCUUGCUGUGACUCUAGUGGUGCCAAAAAAUCUUUUGUUUGUAGUGACCCUUGUGGUGCUGCUAAGGAAUUUGUUUGUGAUAACCUUCAUGGUAUUGAAUUUCACAUUGCCAAGAAGUUUUUUGUUCAUAGUAACCUUUGUGGUACUGAGGAAUCUUUCGUUAGAGAUGACUUUCAUGGUGCUGAGGAAUCUUCUUUUUGUAAUGACCAUUGUAGUUCAAACUAUUCUAUCAUCUACAACUAUUCUAUUGUAAAUAAUCAUUCUAUUAUUCAUGAUUAUUCUAUCAUUUACAACUAUUCUAUUAUCUAUGAUCAUUCUAUCACCUACAAUUAUUCUAUUGUUUACAAUCAUUCUGUUGCUCAUAAACUUUCUGUUUAUGAUCAUUCUGUUGUCUAUCAUUCUGUUGUUCAUGAUCAUUCUGUUGUCUAUCAUUCUGUUGUUCAUUAUCCUGCUGCCUAUGAUUAUUCUGUUGCCUAUGAUUAUUUCAUUGUUUAUGAUUAUUUUGUUAUUUACGACAAUACUGUUGUCUAUGAUCUUGCAGAAGAACAAUCUCUUAAUGAGUUUUUUCAAGAGAUUAAAAACAACACUGGAUAUGAAAAUGAAACCAAAGCUAAAAAUGGACUGUUAUAUCCAAUUAUAGUUGGAAUAGAUUUUAAAAGCUGA